AUGGACAUCGACGACAUCCUCCGGCAAGUCGACCCCGCGGCCGACGGGAUCCCGCAGGGGACGCGCGACCUGCAGGCCCUGACGCGUCGCUGGGUCGCCGAGCGCUCGGCGCCGGAGCUCCUCCAAUGGCCCUCGGAUGGGCUCUUUGAGCGCGUCUCGCAGCGCAUCAAGGACCAGAUUGAGCGCGUCGAGGACAUGACGGGCGAUAUGGACCCCAAGACCAAUUUUGCCCUCAUUGUCAUACAGACGGAGCUGGAGCGCUACAAGUUCCUCAUGCGGAGCUACCUGCGCGUCCGCAUGUCCAAGAUCGACAAGCACACCCUGCACUACCUCUCCUCGCCGCCCCUGCGCGAGCGCCUCUCCGCCACGGAGCUCGCCUACGCGACGCGCCACCAGGCCCUGCUGCACAACCACUACCUCUCCUCCUUCCUCGCCUCCUUCCCGCCGCAGCUGCAGAACCUCAACGACACGGCCGGCAACGUCAGCAUGCUCGACGGGCCGGACCUCGACGCCGCCGUCUUCGUCCGCGUGCUCCGCCCCCGCGACGUCCACGGCCGGGGCACCGACGCAGACAACACCCUGCCUGCCGAGGCGGGCGACGUGCUGAUUCUGCGGUGGUCGAGCGCGAGGGAGCUGGUCGACGAGGGGGACGCGGAGCUGGUGUGA